AUGAAUACAAGCGAUAGCACCAUAGUGUUUUGGUACUUCAAAAAUGGAGAUGUAUGGAAUGAUAAUUCUAACAUUGAAUGGGUUAAAUACCGAGAUAUUGAAAUGCAAAUUAUUGAAGAAGCUUAUCAACAAGAAAAACCUGAAGUUCUUCUGGAUAAAUAUCGAAUUGAUUUGAAAGAGUUCAUUCAAUUCAAUCGAACUAAUUCAUCACAACAGCGUCCUGUACGACGUCAAAUAGGCUGUAAAAUACAAGAAUGUUUACGAGAAGAACGCUUCAAUUCUUCACCUCUUCUUACGUCAACACCAUCAUAUGGAAAAGCGUUAGCAUGGUGUCCAUUCCUUACUGAAUGGCUCAAAUCGUCAGCUGGUAGAAAAGCUGUACUAGAUUUUCCUUCAGCUAUUGAUGCUUGUAUAGAUGGAAUUCUACAAGAAGCAGUAAAGCAUCAAAGUGAUAGUGAAACAGAAGCACAAUGGAUGGUUGAACAAUUGCGAUCAUGUAAAAUGAAGCCUAGACGUGAAACAUCAAAAGUUUGCAUUCAUUUAUAUACUCGUGAAAGUUUUCUUUAUCAUGUUUUAAAUACUGCUUUACGUGAAGCAGAUCAUUCGAAAUUAGAUACUCUCGGACCACUUUGCUUCCUUAUUCGUGAUUAUUCACGUACGUGUACAGAAUUUAUUGGGACAGUUUAUCGAGGAGUACAACUAUCGCUGACAACAAUUUUCUCUUAUAAACAAGCAGUAGGUUCAUGGCGUACAUGGCCUAGUUAUACAUCAACGAGUAAAAAUAGAGAAAUGGCUGAAUUUCGAGGAAAUACAUUGUUUAUCAUUGAAAUUACAAAUGCCAAGCUAAGUGCCCCGCGUGCAUACGAUGUGGUUGAAAUUUCACAAUUUCCUAAUGAAGAAGAAGUUCUUUUGCCAGCUGGAGUUUCUUUUCAAGUGAUCUGUGUUGAACAGAAUCUUAAGCAAAAGUAUAUAAUUCAAAUAAAACUUUGA